AUGGCCGAUAAUCUUCGAUGGAUCCCAGCAAAUCCCCUGGAGUCCAGUGAGUUCUAUCCUGGAUUCAACCCGUCUUCCAAAGUACUGUCCAAAGGGUCAGUCCAUAGCGAUGGCCAUCUGCCUCUUCCAUGUGACAUCCUCCUAGAGCAAGACGUUGAGGUGGUCAUGCGAGAUGGUACGCGUCUAUACGCGGACGUGUAUCGCCCACCCAAUGCCAAGCUUGGUACUGUGCCGACAAUUUUCGUUUUCACACCCUUCGGAAAGCAGGGUGGCCCUAAUCGGAGGAACUUCGAUGCCAGAGAAUGGCGAUGCGGUGUUCCAAGGAAGGUAGUUUCCGGAUUGGAGGUCUUUGAAGGACCAGACCCGGCAUUCUGGUGCUUCCAUGGAUAUGCAAUCUUAUCAGACAUGAGAGGAACCUGGAACUCGGAUGGAAAUGCAGUUUUCCCCUGUGCUGAGCAGGGCAAAGAUGGAUAUGAUGUUGUCGAGUGGAUCGCCGGUCAAAAUUGGUCGAACGGCAGGGUCACAAUGUCCGGAAAUAGCUUCCUGGCUGCAACACAGUGGUUCGUUGGAGCCGAACAGCCGCCUCAUUUGACCUGCCUCGCACCAUGGGAAGGCUUUAAUGAUAUGUAUAAUGAUCAAGUUCGACGGGGAGGUAUUCCCGACGCUGGCUUUGCGAGCGGCUUAAUUCUUGGUGACCUGAGCGGAAAGAACUCGGUGGAAGAAAUUGUUCAAACUACCGAGGAGAAUCCGCUUUGGAAUUCAUACUGGGAAAGUCGGCGAGCGAACUUGAAAAGGAUUCAAGUUCCACUGUAUGUCGUCGCAAGUUGGACUAAUCCUCUACAUACCCGAGGAACUCUGAAGGCUUUCAUCGAGAGUAGUAGCAAAGAGAAGUGGUUGCGUGUCCAUAAUUCUCAUGAAUGGCCAGAUCUAUACAAUCAUAAUAACGUCGAGUCAUUGCGCUACUUCUAUGAUUAUUACAUGAGGGACAUCAAUAAUGGCUGGAACUUCACGCCAACCGUCCGCCUGAGCGUACUGGGCACUGGUGGGCGAGAUAUCGUUAAUCGACCCGAGACUAACUAUCCAUUGACCCGAGAGAAGCCAUUCAAAUUGUUCCUCAAUGGCAAUUCAGGCAUGAUAGAGCCCCAUACCUCCCAGGAAUCAUGCGCCCGUGCAUACCCGGCUACAACUGGAUCGCUAAUCUUUACUUACAAAAUUCCUUCUAAAAUGGAAUUUGUCGGGCCAUCGAGGUUGCGCCUAUUUCUUGAGGCUGAUGGAUCGGAUGAUAUGGAUAUUUUUGUCACACUCGAAAAGUACAACGCCGAGGGAGAGCUACAGAAGUCCACGGUCAUUGAUGUUGGCUGGCUGGCGGAUGACCCUGAAAAGGAGCGCUGUGAUCUUAUCACCGUAAACCAACGAGAUCCCAAAUUUUGUUCAAGUUAUUUUAGCUCUGGGCCUCUCGGUUCUCUGCGAGUCUCGCACCGUGGUCUGGAUGAGGCUCACAGCACUGAAUUCCAGCCGGCUUACACUCAUAAAGAGGAGCGACUUUUGAAGGCCAAAGAGGUGGUUGCUGCAGAUUUGGAGAUAUGGCCAUAUGGAUGGAUCUUCGAUGCGGGAGAAGUGAUGCGCCUGACAAUAUCUGGAUUCAAUCCUCAUCCACACCUCCGCCCGAAUGAUCCCAGGCCGAAGUCAAGAAACAAGGGACAGCAUAUUGUGCAUACCGGUGGUGCCACAGCGUCAUAUCUCCUAUUGCCGCUUACUUCCUAA